CACUUAUCUACAAAAAUUACAACUCUUGAUAACUAGCCUCCAUGUGAGCUUCCUGGGAUACUGCUCUAAGAUCUACUAUAGGAAGUAUCGAUGUGUAUAGCAUCUAAGAAACCUUCCGAACCUGCUUGCAUAUUAAGAGAUAUGGUAGUUUGAAAGAAUGCAAAUUCUCUAUCUUCUUUAUAAUAAUGCUUCUAUUAUGAACUCUAACAUUUGAAAUUUAUCGAUGAGUCUCUAGACCAAAGUUUCUUUAGGUAAAAUCUCUCAGAGUCUUCAGGCCUGAGUUUCCCAGUACAAGAGAUUCUGAACUUAAAAUAUCUGUGUUAAAACUCUUAUGAAAAAGAUGGUAGCUCUCUUUAUCCCGAAACUUUGAGAGAUUAAGAGAGGGUUUCUGCAAAAAUUAUAGUAAGCUUAAGUCCUGGCAGUUCAUACUUGCUGCUUUCCAGAGAUGCUCAGAUAAAUUUGAACAAUGAUAAUUUGAUCCGUCUUUUUAUGAAAAUUAGGUUUUAAUAUAAUUCAAACAAUUACAAAGACAAAUUUAACCAAAAAGGAUAAGAAGCAGGUGCUCCUUUAGAAGUAAAGGAGAGGUACUUCCGAAGUUUAUUUCGGCUGGUGAAGCCUCCACCUCAAUAAAGCUUCACUGUUUUUCUUGGUUAAAUCGACUUAUGUUUGGGAGUAAAUAAGUUAAUUAUUAACCCAGAUUUAUAAAAUUAAAAGAAAUGGAACAAGUGAGUUUAGAGACUUUCUUAAGUAGUUUUAAUAAUCAGAGGUUGUUUUAGAGUAUAGGGUGGGAAAAAUGGGGAUGCACAGAGAUUUGGGGGGUGGAUUAAGCCAGUCCCGAUCAGGCCGGCGAUGUUUUCAGUCAGUUCGAAGGCUUUAUUAAAACAGAAUGGAUCUGAACUAGGAUGAACCUUACUCAGGAAUAAGUGAGGUGAAGCUUCUCCAAAUAUAGGACUCGAAGCAUCAGCUUUUGUGAAGUAUUCUUGAGGUCAAACAAGUUAUGAAAAAGCUAUAAAAAUUAGGAGUGGUAAUGGACCAGACGAUUCUAACUCUGAGACAAAGCUUUCAAAUGAAGUAGAAGAGUGUAAGCAAAACCAGUUCCCAAGAGAUACUUCUGAUUGAAGAUCUGUAAAGUUACAGAAAGGAAAAUUGUGCUUGAGAAGGGAUGUAGUUUACAAGAAUCUUUUCAGAGCUAUUAGAGCAACUCUUUGGGAUGAUUUCUUGAAAGUAAUGCCUGAAGAAAAAUACUCCAGAGGUAAGAAAGGAUGUCCUAUAUUCCAAGAGAGAAUAAUAGAGUUCUAUGAAAACCAUACCAACUUUAAACAAGUGGCUACUAGGAUCUUUGAUGAAAGCGUUGGAGGAGAAGUAGCCUUUAUUGAAAUCAUGGCUUCUUUUAUGACUUCAACAAUUUUUCUUGCAACAAAAUCUGAGCAAAGUAAAAAGAUAGCUAAACAGAUAAAACUAAUUCUGAAGAACUACAAACCUAACAUAUUCAAGCUGCUUCUAAAAUUCGAAAGAUUGAGACUGUUCUUCCAAGUUCUUGAAGAAAGCGGCAUUUCCUUACAAAUUAUCCACAAAAAGCACGCCUGUCUGGUCGAAAUCGAUAAGAGAAAGAUAAUCGAAGCCAGAUACACCGCCGCUAUAAAAACAAUAAUCAACUACGGAACCGACCACGAGCUCCUUCCAGGAUGAACCAACUUCGACCAAAUCAAACCUUCAUUAUAACCUCACCUCUCACACCUUUCAAUC